GAGCUUUCCUACAGCUGAACCGAGAAUGUCCUUACUCAUUACCACAGAUACUACCACUGUGGCAUUUCUGCUCUGCUUACUCUCCGUGCUGCUUCUUUCAAUUGCGUAUCCAGAUAGGUAUAUCGGUACUCAUCCACGUCCCGAGCUUCUCGGUCCUAUCGGCUUUCCCAUCGUUGGCAACUUGUUUCAAGUAUAUCCUUGGCGCACUCGGUUUCUGCUAUGGCUUCAGAGAAUGCAGAGUGAAUUUGGUCCACUUUGGACAUUUACGAUGCCUCCAUGGGGUCGUGGUGUCAUUAUCAAUCGACCUGAAUGGCUGGCACACGUGAAGCAAGUGGACAUACAGAAAUACAGCAGAGGAUCUGUAGCAAUCGCCAUUUUCAGCGAGUUUCCCGGGAAGAACACACCCGUGGCUUCCGAAGGAGCAGAGUGGCGACUGGCACGGAAGACUAUGUUUCCCAUUUUUACUCAUAGAUCGUUCAGUGAUCACGUUGCGAUCGCAAUGCAUGAAAUCCUUCUCGUCACCAGAGCAUUAUUGCGGAGUGCGAGCACGAAAGGUGUACCCAUCGACUGGAAUGAUCUAGCAGGGCGUGUUGCAAUUGCUAUAUUCUGCAAGUCUUCGCUGGGCAUCACCACCGGUUUGAUCACGGAGGACGUUGACUGCAUGAAGAAGUCCGAUGCAAUUCGGGAUGCACUCAGUGUCCUGAAUCGCACAUCCUCAAGCCGCUUGCUCAACCCGUUUUGGAAGGUCACUGAGAAGUUCAAUGGCGUUGCCAAGGAAUUCGACCGUGCGCGUUCGACUGUCCGCAAUUAUAUAGCAAAAAUCGUUCGUGAUCGCCAGAGUACUGCAAUGGAGGUCAACCUCGACACACCUGCAGAUUUUCUAGGUCAACUUCUUCGAAAGCCAGAUAAUGAUCUAAUGCGCAUGCGUGAUAUAUUGGUGACACUAUUGUUUGCGGGACGCGAUAACAUCCAGAACGCGCUUGGCUGGUCACUACAUGAAUUGCUCAAAGUGCCUUGCUGGGUGGGUAGGAUGAGGGAAGAGGCGUUGCGAAAUGCCCCUGAAGGUUCACCAAUACUUUACUCUGAUCUGAGUCGAUAUCAUGUCCAUCUUGCUGUGUUCUACGAGACAGUGCGUCUUUGGCCUGGCCUUCCAAAGAACGCACGCGUAGCGCUCUGCGACGACAUCCUCCCCGCUAUCCCUGAACACAGCCUGCCCGAAGUCAAGAUAGGGAAGGGUGAUCACGUAUUCUGGUCCGACUAUAUCAUAAUGCGCGACAUGGCUAUUUGGGGUGCUGAUGCUGGUAUAUUCAACCCUGGUCGUCAUCUCAAUGCUGACGGACAAUUCGUCAAACCGGCAGCUUCUAUAUUCGUCGGUUUCGGAGCCGGACCUCGCCUUUGCCCGGCUGCCCAGCUUGCUGCGUAUGAGUUUGUGGCCUGUUGGGUGGGUAUUAUGCCAUACUUCGACUUUAUUCGGGUCGACAGUACCUCGGACGGGAAUGAUCAUGGACCGACGAUGGCGGACGCAUUUACAGUGACUAUGGAGGGGCCAUUCAUGGUGUCCGUACGGGAACGGGAAUAAAUUGGGUGUCACCAAGACAUCACUAAAUCGUACUUCAUUAGCAGCCCCCAUGAUAUCUUCCUGGGGACCAUACUGUACCCACUGUGUCGUUCAUUGGUACCAGAUGUGUCAUCAACUUCACUCAAUGAGUACCUUUCUAUCUUUCAUUCUCCUGACAUUCCUUCCCUCAAAGAAUGAGAUAUUCUAUAGUCUGCCUAGGGGAGACAACCUUUCCACACGCGUGGCAAAUAUUUUCAUACUUCUAGAUCUCGCUGGACAGGUGCCG